AUGGACACAGAAGAGCCAACCAGGGUUUUGGGGUCUUCAUCUCCUGCGGAAUUGAUCCUUCAGCAAAAGGCCGGAGCUCUGCAAGGACUUCGGCGACCAGGCGGAGAUGACGGUGGGAUUUUGUCGCAGUUGUUAAGCAAUCCCUUCUUCACAGCGGGGUUCGGUCUAGCUGGUCUAGGCACCGUAGCGGCCCUUGCUCAACGAGGCCUCAAGCAUGGCGCUGCUUUGAUCCGGCGGCGCAUGCUCGUCGACGUGGAGAUCAACGUUAAGGACGACUCAUACCCGUGGUUUCUACACUGGAUGACCAUUUAUCAGCAAUCGCAGCUCAAUGGCGCUCGGUCGGUCGCAGCCACCGGGGGUGAGAAAGUGGGGAUUAUAGAGACUUUGCUUCGAAAAUUCACUCCGUCAAUGCGGCAGCUUUCGAUUCAGACACAAAAAGUCGAGCAUGCGAAUGGCGCCAUUCAUACACAAUUUACAUUAAUACCUGGUCCAGGACGGCAUGUGCUGCGGUAUAAGAAUGCGUUUGUUUUCGUCAAUCGAGUGCGGGAGUCUUCAUCUAGGGACCUCCAGUCCGGCCGACCAUGGGAAACGGUUACGUUAACUACAUUAUACGCGCACCGUCAUAUAUUUGAAGACAUGUUUACCGAGGCACAUGCGGUGGCUGCGAGGUCUCAUGAGGGGAAAACACGGAUAUACAACAGCUGGGGUGCGGAGUGGCAACAGUUUGGCCAUCCACGGCGAAAGCGUCCACUGGAGUCGGUGAUCCUAGAUGAGGGUAUUAAAGAAAGAAUUGUCGAAGACGUGAAGGAUUUCCUUGAUAGCGGCCGCUGGUACUAUGAUCGCGGGAUCCCCUAUCGCAGAGGCUAUCUCCUCCAUGGUCCUCCCGGCAGCGGCAAAAGCUCGUUUAUUCAGGCACUGGCUGGCGAGCUUGAUUACGAUAUUGCAAUAUUAAACCUUAGCGAGCGUGGUCUUACAGACGAUCGCCUCAAUCAUCUUUUGACGAUCAUCCCGAAUCGGACUUUGGUUUUACUUGAAGACGUCGAUGCUGCUUUCUCUAAUCGCCGGGUUCAGACAGAUGAAGACGGAUACCGGGGUGCCAAUGUAACAUUCUCCGGGUUGUUGAACGCUCUCGAUGGUGUAGCAAGCGCUGAGGAGCGCAUUGUAUUCCUCACCACCAACCACAUGGACCGGCUGGAUGAAGCACUGGUUCGCCCUGGCCGUGUUGACAUGACAGUCCGACUCGGGGAGGCGACGCGAUACCAAGUCGCUGCUCUAUGGGAUCGGUUCUACGGGGAGUUUGAUGCCAACGGCAUUUACAAGGCUAGAUUUUUGGAUCGACUCGCUCAAUAUGGGCUUAUUGAGGACGAGAAUGGGCACAAAGCGGACGUGUCCAAGACGGUCAGCACUGCUGCUCUCCAGGGCCUUUUCUUGUUCAACAAGGGGAACAUGGAGGGUGCGAUUGGCACAGUGCAGACGCUUGCUCAGUCUAUGUACGAAUGA